GGGUCGAAAGUCUCCGCAAACCUUGGGUGUAAAUCGUUCAUCUUGGUCUCACAUACAUUCCGUCGCAAAGAUGGCGUUCCGCGCUCCCUUGCGCAUGAUGUCGAGCGUUGCCCGGCAGAAGCUCAAGAUCGGUCUCAUCCCCGCAGACGGGAUCGGCAGGGAGGUCAUUCCGGCAGCGCGGGCAACCCUCGAGGCGCUUGGAUCCGACAUUCCAAAGCUCGAGUUCGUAGACCUGGAGGCAGGCUUUGAGCUGUUCGCGACGUCGGGAGAAGCGCUGCCGGAGGACACUGUUGAAGCCCUCAAGGAAUGCGACUGCGCUCUAUUCGGUGCGGUCAGCUCUCCCAUUAAGAAGGUCACUGGCUACUCGUCUCCCAUUGUCGGACUGCGUAAGAAGCUCGACCUCUAUGCCAAUGUGCGACCGGUAGUAUCCGUUCCCAAAGAUCCCUCUGCGAAGCCGAACAUCGAUCUAGUUGUCGUCCGAGAGAACACGGAGUGCUUGUACAUUAAGCAUGAGACUAUGACACGCACCGAACAUGGGAGAGAAGCACGCGCGACGCGUCUUAUCACAGAACGUGCCUCGCGCCGCAUCGGCAAGAUGGCGUUCGAGAUCGCUCUCAAGAGGCCUCGCAAGCUAGUCACCAUCAUCCACAAGUCCAAUGUUCUCUCUGUCACGGACGGCCUCUUCAGGGAGUCCAUUCACAGCGUAAAGCGGUUGGAAGAGGACGGUCGCUUUGAUAGUAUCACCCUCGAGGAGCAGAUUGUAGACAGCGCAGUCUAUCGGCUGAUUCGGGAACCUCAGAUCUAUGAUGUUAUGGUGGCGCCGAACCUUUACGGCGACAUUCUCUCAGAUGCCGCAGCAGCGCUCGUCGGCUCAUUGGGACUGGUGCCUUCGAUAAAUGCUGGCGACGACUUCGUCAUGGGCGAGCCUGUGCACGGCUCGGCGCCCGAUAUCGCGGGUCGCGAGAUUGCUAACCCGCUUGCGGCGAUCCGUUCUGCCGCGCUCAUGUUGCGACACAUGGGCUAUGGUAAGGGCGCGGACAGAAUCGACAACGCCGUCAACGAGGUCAUCCGCGAGGAACAAGUGCUGACGCCCGACCUGGGUGGAAAGAGCAAGACCCACGAGGUGCUCGCGGAAGUGCUCAGGAAGAUGUGA